GCAUCAAAUACUAACGGAUCCGACCGUAAAUCCUCCACUUGCGCCCUAAGCGGCUCCAUACGCGCGUCCUGUGCCUCAUGAAGCAAACCCAGAAUAAUAAAGCGGACACAGCGGGGGACCGAGCUGCUGCUAUACUCUUAAUUUUCCACAUACUCCCCUGAGUAUUUUCUUUUCUCUUCGUAUGUCUUAUUCUGAGGAAAUUGGACUUUUUCUUUCUCCUUACUUUUCUUUUCCUCGCAGCGCACAGCCCGUCGUCAGCGUGAUUUGAAACAAAUUAACGAGGUUUAAAAUGAACGAAGCGCCCGAGACCAACCUCUCUCUACUCUAUGACAACUGGACGUUUUACAACAACUCGGAAGAGUCCGUCAUACCCAGGAAAAACAUCACCUAUGUAGGAUUUUACCUGCACCAGUCCUCCACCGCAGCUAUCUUCAUCGUGUCCUACCUGCUCAUCUUCCUCGUGUGCAUGGUGGGGAAUGGGGUGGUGUGCUUCAUCGUGCUGCGGAGCAAAAACAUGCGGACUGUGACCAACUUGUUCAUCCUGAAUCUCGCUGUGAGCGACCUCCUGGUCGGGAUUUUCUGCAUGCCCACCACACUCCUGGACAACAUUAUCACAGGAUGGCCUUUUGGGAGCUUGGUCUGCAAAAUGAGUGGCAUGGUUCAAGGGAUCUCUGUGUCAGCAUCUGUCUUCACUCUGGUGGCUAUUGCCGUUGACAGAUUCCGAUGCAUUGUCUACCCUUUCAAGCAAAAGCUGACCAUAUCCACAGCCACCUUGAUAAUAGUCAUCAUCUGGGUUCUGGCCAUAUCCAUUAUGUGUCCUUCUGGCGUGAUGCUACAAGUGACCAAGGAGCAAAGCAUUCGGGUUUUACUCGGCUACGACAACAAAACCACUCCGUUUUAUUGGUGCAGGGAGAACUGGCCAAACCAGGAGAUGAGGAAGAUCUACACCACGGUCUUGUUCGCAAACAUCUACCUUGCCCCGCUUUCCCUCAUUGUGAUAAUGUACGCCCGGAUUGGCAUUACGCUUUUCAAGACGUCAGUUCCGUCAGAAGGAAAGCCGGGCCACAACAACCGUCACACUGUGUCAAAGAAGAAGCAACGGGUGAUUAAGAUGCUCUUGAUCGUCGCUUUGCUCUUCAUUCUUUCCUGGCUGCCUCUGUGGACUCUCAUGAUGCUGAGCGACUAUGCCAGCCUGACCGAGCCGCAGUACCGAAUCAUUAACAUUUACAUUUACCCCUUUGCCCACUGGCUCGCCUUCUUCAACAGCAGCGUCAAUCCCAUCAUCUACGGUUUCUUCAAUGAGAAUUUCCGCAGCGGAUUUCAAGCUGUGUUCAAGUUCAGCCUGUGCGCGGCGGAUGGACAUCGGAGGAAGACCUACUCGCACAGGCUGCAGGGGAACUCUGUGCUCCCGGCCAACAACGCACAAACUUCUCUGGAGCCUAUUUCUCUUAAUAGCUUGGAUAAAACCACUUCCAGGCGCCUCAACCACGUCACUGAGCAGGACUUGGUCAUGGAGGAUCUGGAAAAGGCGUCGUGCAGUAGUGGGGGUGUGACAGCUGUGUCUAUUUGAGAAGACACACACACACACACACACA